UUGAACCCUGUUGCUGCGUCCUUGAAGCGGAAGUCAUAAACUUGUUACAUUCUAUACAGAAAGUAGCAAGGAAGAUGAACGUUGCUACUGAUUCCAGCAGUCUUCACACGGCUGUAAAACCUAUGGCUGUGUGUGCAGUGUUGUCAGUGAAACCCACUAGGGCGCUGGUUGACGAAAAGUGGCAGAUAGUUGCCAACAAUUUGAAGCCAAACCAAGAGGUGACACUUUACUCCAUUCACCAAACUGAGGAUAAAGACUGCUGGGAGGCGUAUGGACACUACAUCAGCGACGAACAUGGAACAGUUUCUGUCUCGAAAGAUGCGAGCUCAGGUGGGACGUAUACCGGAGUUGAACCCAUGGGACUGCUGUGGAGCAUGCACCCUGUUCCUGGUAGCAGACACGGACUCCGGAUGAGAAAGAAAGAUGUCACGUCUCCGAUGCUGGUGAGUGUCUCUGUCUUCAGUGGUCACUUGGCUCAAGGCUUCUCUGAAAAGGACGCCCUAGCAACGGUUGUCACGGAGAGGUGGUACCUGGCACCAGGAGUACAGCGAGUGGACAUCAGUGAACGAGGGGUUAAAGGCACCUUCUUCAUACCACCAGGUCCGGGGCCCUUCCCUGCGGUGCUGGACAUGUGGGGAGGUGGAGGGGGGCUGGUGGAGUACCGAGCAGCUCUGUUUGCAUCGCACGGCUUCCUCACCAUGGCACUAGAGUACCUCUCUGCCGACGAGCAACGCAGCUAUGAUGUCGGCACAGAAUACUUUGAGAAAUCCUAUGACCUCCUGCAGUCGCACCCUAGGGCGUCCCCUGGGAGGGUGGCCGUGCUGGGGCUGUCAUUCGGGGCGGCCGUCACCUUCACACUGGCAGCAUACUCCAAGACUGUAAAGCCCCAAUGUUGUAUAUGUAUCAGUGGCACCCACGUUUUCCCCCUCAACGAGUCGCCUGGAGAGGUGGAGAAGCGCAUGAAACGGAACACUUCCAAAGCCUACUAUGAUGAGAACCAUCAUGUGGUUUCCAAGCAUACCAUUCUGCCCAUUCCAGCUACACUAGAAGAUAAAGUAGAUGUGGGUCAGAUCAAGUGUCCUCUACUCAUAGUGGCUGGUCAGGAUGACCAAAACUGGGCUGCCGUGGAGUCUGCUGAAGAUAUUCAGCAGAUGAUGGACUUGGCUGGUAAUGGCCACCUGCUGACGGUGUUGUCGUAUCCAGACGCAGGUCACCUGAUCGAGCCUCCAUACACGCCACAUGUCCGCUUCAGCAACUUCAUCAACCGAUCAAACGGGCAGAAAGUGUUGAUGCUGUGGGGCGGUCACCCUGAAGCUCAUGCAGUCGCCCAGGAAGACUCUUGGACCAAGAUCCUCCACUUCCUCCACACACACCUUUACAAGGACACAAUACCUGCUGCCAGACUGUAGCG